AUGAGCUUCACAAUUCGUAGUACCAAGAAAGCCAAGCAGAUUCUGUCCGGUGUCAACCAGCAACAUGAACCUGUGAAACGAAUGGUGGCAAUGGCGCGGGCUGCUGCCUUGAACCUUGGUGGUGAAUUCCAAAAGUUUGGCCAAUCAGCCAGGAAGGGCUUGACUCCAACCAGUCUAUUCAUAGUUGCAACGGAUCAAGUCCGAAACACAACGCGGGAAAGACCAAGCCUUAGGGAUCUUCUGCGUCAAGCAACAACAGGCAAAAUGAUUGCUCAGAACCCACAAUGUGAGGAGGAAGAGGUCAUUCUGUUUCACGAGCAGCAACAGUUGAUGAUCGAUCCAGAGAUUCUCCUGUUCCAAUACACUGGUACGACUAGUGCAGCAGAAUCCGUAUCAAAUCUUGCACCAGUGCAAUUGCCAGAGCCCGUGGAGGUGAUGGUGGCAGUAUUUCGACAGCGCCUGGUAGAUCAACAGAAACGACCAGGACACGGCACAAGGCGCCAGCGCCAGCUCCGGCGAUCACUUAUCAGCACUGAAGAGAUCAAGCGACGCAGGGCCAUUGAGCGCAAAUUGAGCUUGAUUCGAAAAGGGCGCUUUGCUCCACCCAUCAAUGCUACAAGGAUUGCUCCGGUUGCUACUGCCUGCUAG